AUGGGUGACGGAGGAGGAGAGGGCGAGGACGAGGUCCAGUUCCUCCGAACGGACGACGAGGUGGUCCUGCAGUGCAGCGCCACCGUACUCAAGGAGCAGCUCAAGCUCUGCCUGGCCGCUGAGGGCUUCGGCAACCGCCUGUGUUUCCUGGAGCCCACCAGCAACGCGCAGAAUGUGCCCCCCGACCUGGCCAUCUGCUGCUUCAUCCUGGAGCAGUCUCUGUCCGUUCGAGCACUUCAAGAGAUGCUGGCCAACACCGUGGAGGCUGGAGUGGAGUCAUCCCAGGGCGGGGGACACAGGACACUCCUGUAUGGCCAUGCCAUCCUACUCCGACAUGCACACAGUGGCAUGUACCUCAGUUGUCUCACCACUUCCCGCUCCAUGACUGACAAGCUGGCCUUUGAUGUGGGAUUGCAGGAGGAUGCGACAGGAGAAGCUUGUUGGUGGACAACACACCCAGCAUCCAAGCAGAGGUCUGAAGGGGAGAAGGUCCGAGUUGGAGAUGACCUCAUCCUUGUCAGUGUCUCCUCUGAACGCUACCUGCACCUGUCAACUGCCAGCGGGGAGCUCCAGGUUGAUGCCUCCUUCAUGCAGACACUAUGGAACAUGAACCCCAUCUGCUCCUGCUGUGAAGAGGGAUAUGUGACAGGCGGCCACGUCCUCCGUCUUUUUCAUGGACACAUGGAUGAGUGCCUGACCAUUUCACCUGCUGACAGUGAUGACCAGCGCAGACUUGUCUACUAUGAAGGAGGAUCUGUGUGUACCCAUGCCCGCUCCCUCUGGAGGCUGGAACCAUUGAGAAUCAGCUGGAGUGGCAGCCACCUGCGCUGGGGCCAGCCGCUGCGCAUUCGGCAUGUCACCACUGGGCGGUACCUGGCCCUCACUGAAGACCAGGGCCUAGUGGUGGUUGAUGCCAGCAAGGCCCACACCAAGGCUACUGCCUUCUGUUUCCGGAUCUCCAAGGAGAAGCUGGAUGUGGCCCCAAAGCGUGAUGUGGAGGGCAUGGGCCCCCCUGAAAUCAAGUAUGGGGAGUCAUUGUGCUUUGUGCAGCACAUGGCCUCGGGUCUAUGGCUCACCUAUGCUGCCCCGGACCCCAAGGCCCUGCGGCUUGGUGUGCUCAAGAAGAAGGCUAUGCUGCACCAGGAAGGCCACAUGGACGACUCACUGUCACUGACCCGCUGCCAGCAGGAGGAGUCCCAGGCUGCCCGCAUGAUCCACAGCACUGCCGGCCUGUACAACCAGUUCAUCAAGGGCCUGGACAGCUUCAGUGGGAAGCCAAGGGGCUCAGGACCCCCAGCUGGCUCAGCGCUGCCCAUCGAGGGCGUCAUCCUGAGCCUGCAGGACCUCAUCGGCUACUUCGAGCCACCCUCGGAGGAGCUGCAGCAUGAGGAGAAGCAGAGCAAGCUGAGGAGUCUGCGCAACCGCCAGAGCCUCUUCCAGGAGGAGGGGAUGCUCACCCUGGUCCUCAAUUGCAUUGACCGCCUAAAUGUCUACACCACUGCUGCCCACUUUGCUGAAUUUGCAGGGGAGGAGGCAGCUGAGUCCUGGAAAGAGAUUGUGAACCUGCUCUAUGAGCUCCUGGCCUCUCUGAUCCGUGGCAAUCGUACCAACUGUGCCCUCUUCUCCACGAACCUGGACUGGCUGGUCAGCAAGCUGGAUCGGCUGGAGGCCUCAUCUGGCAUCCUGGAGGUACUGUACUGUGUUCUGAUCGAGAGUCCUGAGGUCCUGAACAUCAUCCAGGAGAACCACAUCAAAUCCAUCAUCUCUCUCCUGGACAAGCAUGGGAGAAACCACAAGGUCCUGGACGUGCUGUGCUCCCUGUGUGUGUGCAAUGGUGUGGCUGUGCGUUCCAACCAAGAUCUCAUUACUGAAAACUUGCUCCCUGGCCGUGAGCUUCUGCUGCAGACAAACCUCAUCAACUACGUCACUAGUAUCCGCCCCAACAUCUUCGUGGGCCGAGCAGAGGGCACCACGCAGUAUGGCAAAUGGUACUUUGAGGUGAUGGUGGAUGAGGUGGCUCCGUUUUUGACAGCCCAGGCCACCCACCUGCGGGUAGGCUGGGCCCUCACAGAGGGCUACAGUCCCUACCCUGGGGGCGGCGAGGGCUGGGGCGGCAACGGGGUCGGCGAUGACCUCUACUCCUACGGCUUUGAUGGACUGCAUCUCUGGACAGGACAUGUGGCACGCCAAGUGACUUCUCCAGGACAGCAUCUCCUGGCCCCUGAGGAUGUGGUCAGCUGCUGCCUGGACCUCAGCGUGCCAUCCAUCUCCUUCCGCAUCAAUGGCUGUCCUGUGCAAGGCGUCUUUGAAGCCUUCAACCUUGAUGGGCUCUUCUUCCCUGUUGUCAGCUUCUCAGCUGGCAUCAAGGUGCGGUUUCUCCUUGGUGGCCGCCAUGGUGAAUUCAAGUUUCUCCCUCCACCUGGUUAUGCCCCCUGCCAUGAGGCAGUACUCCCUCGGGAGAGGCUCCAUCUGGAACCCAUCAAGGAGUAUCGACGGGAAGGGCCCCGGGGGCCCCACCUGGUGGGGCCCAGUCGCUGCCUGUCACACACAGACUUUGUGCCUUGCCCUGUGGACACUGUCCAGAUCGUCUUGCCCCCCCACCUGGAGCGUAUUCGGGAGAAGCUCGCCGAGAACAUCCAUGAACUAUGGGCACUGACGCGCAUCGAGCAGGGCUGGACCUAUGGCCCGGUUCGGGAUGACAACAAGAGGCUGCACCCGUGUCUCGUGGACUUCCACAGCCUCCCAGAACCUGAGAGGAACUACAACCUGCAGAUGUCCGGGGAGACUCUCAAGACUCUGCUGGCACUGGGCUGCCACGUGGGCAUGGCGGAUGAGAAGGCGGAGGACAACCUGAAGAAGACAAAGCUCCCCAAGACGUAUAUGAUGAGCAAUGGGUACAAGCCAGCUCCCCUGGACCUGAGCCAUGUGCGACUGACACCUGCACAGACCACACUGGUAGAUCGGCUGGCAGAGAAUGGGCACAAUGUGUGGGCAAGAGACCGUGUAGGCCAGGGCUGGAGCUACAGCGCUGUGCAGGACAUCCCUGCACGCAGAAACCCCCGCCUUGUGCCCUACCGCCUGCUGGACGAGGCCACCAAGCGCAGCAACCGGGACAGCCUGUGCCAGGCUGUGCGCACCCUGCUGGGUUAUGGCUACAACAUUGAGCCGCCUGACCAGGAGCCCAGUCAGGUGGACAGCCAGUCGCGUUGGGACCGCGUGCGCAUCUUCAGGGCAGAGAAAUCCUAUGCGGUACAGAGUGGCCGCUGGUACUUCGAGUUCGAGGCAGUUACCACAGGCGAGAUGAGAGUGGGCUGGGCGAGGCCUGAGCUGCGGCCAGAUGUGGAGCUGGGAGCUGAUGAUCUGGCCUAUGUCUUCAAUGGGCACCGUGGCCAGCGCUGGCAUUUGGGCAGUGAGCCAUUCGGGCGUCCCUGGCAGUCUGGUGAUGUUGUUGGCUGCAUGAUCGACCUCACUGAGAACACCAUUAUCUUCACCCUCAAUGGCGAGGUCCUCAUGUCUGACUCCGGCUCUGAGACAGCCUUCCGGGAGAUUGAGAUUGGGGAGGGCUUCCUGCCUGUGUGCAGUUUGGGACCCGGCCAGGUGGGUCACCUGAACCUGGGCCAGGACGUGAGCUCCCUGCGGUUCUUCGCCAUCUGUGGUCUCCAGGAAGGCUUCGAGCCAUUCGCCAUCAACAUGCAGCGGCCAGUUACCACCUGGUUCAGCAAAAGCCUCCCGCAGUUUGAGCCGGUGCCCCUUGACCACCCGCACUAUGAGGUGUCCCGCAUGGAUGGUACCGUGGAUACACCUCCUUGCCUUCGCCUCACCCACCGCACCUGGGGCUCCCAGAACAGCCUGGUGGAGAUGCUCUUUCUGCGGCUGAGCCUUCCAGUCCAGUUCCACCAGCACUUCCGCUGCACUGCUGGGGCCACCCCCCUGGCACCUCCUGGCCUGCAGCCCCCUGCUGAGGACGAGGCCCGGGCAGCAGAACCUGACCCUGACUAUGAAAACCUGCGUCGCUCAGCUGGGGGAUGGGGUGAGGCAGAAGGAGGCAAGGAAGGAACUGCCAAAGAGGGAGCCCCCGGGGGCCCCCCUCAGGCUGGGGUGGAGGCCCAGCCUGCCAGGGCCGAGAAUGAGAAGGAUGCUACCACAGAGAAGAACAAGAAGAGAGGGUUCUUAUUCAAGGCCAAGAAGGUCGCCAUGAUGACCCAACCACCAGCCACCCCUACUCUGCCCCGACUCCCUCACGAUGUGGUGCCCACUGAUGACCGUGAUGACCCAGAAAUCAUCCUCAACACAACCACAUACUACUACUCCGUGAGGCUCUUCGCGGGUCAGGAGCCCAGCUGUGUGUGGGUGGGCUGGGUCACCCCUGACUACCAUCAGCAUGAUAUGAACUUCGACCUCAGCAAGGUCCGGGCAGUGACGGUGACCAUGGGGGACGAGCAGGGCAACGUCCACAGCAGCCUCAAGUGCAGCAACUGCUACAUGGUAUGGGGUGGAGACUUCGUGAGCCCUGGGCAGCAGGGCCGGAUCAGCCACACAGACCUUAUCAUUGGCUGCCUGGUAGACUUGGCCACUGGCUUAAUGACCUUCACAGCCAAUGGCAAAGAGAGCAACACCUUCUUUCAGGUGGAACCCAACACGAAGCUGUUUCCUGCUGUAUUUGUCUUGCCCACCAACCAGAACGUCAUCCAAUUUGAGUUGGGGAAGCAGAAGAACAUCAUGCCACUGUCUGCUGCUAUGUUUGUGAGCGAGCGCAAGAACCCAGCCCCGCAGUGCCCACCACGGUUGGAGGUGCAGAUGCUGAUGCCAGUCUCCUGGAGCCGCAUGCCCAACCACUUCCUGCAGGUGGACACGCGCCGUGCUGGCGAGCGGCUUGGCUGGGCCGUGCAGUGCCAGGAGCCGCUGACCAUGAUGGCAUUGCACAUCCCUGAGGAGAACAGGUGCAUGGACAUCCUGGAGCUGUCUGAGCGCCUGGACCUACAGCGCUUCCACUCGCACACACUCUCCCUCUACCGAGCAGUGUGCGCCCUGGGCAACAACCGCGUGGCUCAUGCUCUGUGCAGCCACGUGGACGAGGCGCAGCUGCUGCACACACUGGAGGACGCACACCUGCCGGGCCCUCUGCGUGCAGGCUACUACGACCUCCUCAUCAGCAUCCACCUUGAAAGUGCCUGCCGCAGCCGCCGCUCCAUGCUUUCAGAAUACAUCGUGCCCCUGACAUCUGAGACUCGUGCCAUCACACUCUUCCCACCUGGACACAACUCUGAAGAUGGUCCCCGCCGCCACGGCCUGCCUGGUGUUGGAGUCACAACCUCCCUGAGGCCCCCACACCAUUUCUCACCCCCUUGUUUUGUGAUGGCUCUGCCAGCAGCUGGGGCAGCAGAAGCCCCAGCCCGCCUGAGCCCUGCCAUCCCUCUGGAGGCCCUGCGGGACAAGGCCCUGAGAAUGCUGGGCGAGGCUGUGCGAGACGGUGGGCAGCAUGCACGAGACCCUGUCGGGGGCUCCGUGGAGUUCCAGUUUGUGCCUGUGCUCAAGCUUGUAUCUACCUUGCUGGUGAUGGGCGUCUUUAGCGAUGAGGAUGUGAAACAGAUCUUGAAGAUGAUUGAGCCUGAAGUAUUCAAAGAGGAAGAAGAGGAAGAGGAAGAGGAAGAGGAGGGGGAAGAGGAAGAGGAAGAUGAAAAAAAAGAAGAGGAAGAGGAAGAGGAAGAGGAGGGGGAAGAGGAAGAGGAAGAUGAAGAGGAGAAGGAGGAAGAUGAGGAGGAAAUGGCACAUGAGAAGGAAGAUGAAGAAAAAGAGGAAGAGGAGGCAGCAGAAAGGGAGAAAGAAGACUUGGAGGAGGGACUGCUGCAAAUGAAACUUCCAGAGUCUGUGAAGUUACAGAUGUGUCAUCUGUUGGAGUAUUUCUGUGACCAAGAGCUGCAGCACCGUGUGGAGUCUCUGGCAGCCUUUGCAGAGCGCUAUGUGGACAAGCUCCAGGCCAACCAGCGGGACCGCUACGGCCUCCUCAUGAAAGCCUUCACCAUGAGUGCAGCUGAGACUGCAAGACGUACCCGCGAGUUCCGCUCUCCGCCCCAGGAACAGAUCAACAUGCUGUUGCACUUCAAAGAUGGUGCAGAUGAGGAAGAGUGUCCCCUCACGGAAGACAUCCGACAGGAUUUGCAGGACUUUCAUCAAGACCUGCUGACCCACUGCGGCAUUCAGCUGGAGGGGGAAGAGGAGGAGCCAGAGGAGGAGACCACUCUGGGAAGCCGCCUGAUGAGCCUGCUGGAGAAGGUGCGGCUGGUGAAGAAGAAGGAGGAGAAGCCAGAGGAGGAGCCACCUGCAGAGGAGCCCAAACCCCAGUCCCUGCAGGAGCUGGUGUCCCAUAUGGUGGUCCGCUGGGCCCAGGAAGACUUCGUGCAGAGCCCCGAGCUGGUUCGGGCUAUGUUCAGCCUCCUGCACCGGCAGUAUGAUGGGCUCGGCGAGCUGCUGCGUGCCCUGCCGCGGGCAUACACCAUCUCACUGUCCUCUGUGGGGGACACCAUGAGCCUGCUCGAGUGCCUGGGCCAGAUCCGCUCGCUGCUCAUUGUGCAGAUGGGCCCCCAAGAGGAGAACCUCAUGAUCCAGAGCAUCGGGAACAUCAUGAACAACAAAGUCUUCUACCAGCACCCGAACCUAAUGAGGGCGCUGGGCAUGCACGAGACAGUCAUGGAGGUCAUGGUGAAUGUCCUUGGGGGCGGCGAAUCCAAGGAGAUCCGCUUCCCCAAGAUGGUGACGAGCUGCUGCCGCUUCCUCUGCUACUUCUGCCGGAUCAGCCGGCAGAACCAGCGCUCCAUGUUUGACCACCUGAGCUACCUACUGGAAAACAGUGGCAUCGGCCUGGGCAUGCAGGGCUCCACGCCCCUGGAUGUGGCCGCUGCCUCCGUCAUCGACAACAAUGAGCUGGCCUUGGCGCUACAGGAGCAGGACCUGGAGAAGGUUGUGUCCUACCUAGCAGGCUGUGGCCUCCAAAGCUGCCCCAUGCUGCUAGCCAAAGGGUACCCUGAUAUUGGCUGGAACCCCUGCGGUGGUGAGCGCUACCUGGAUUUCCUGCGCUUUGCUGUCUUCGUCAAUGGCGAGAGCGUCGAGGAAAAUGCCAAUGUGGUAGUACGGCUGCUCAUCCGCAAGCCCGAGUGCUUCGGACCAGCCCUGCGGGGUGAAGGAGGCUCAGGGCUGCUGGCUGCCAUCGAAGAGGCCAUCCGCAUCUCUGAGGACCCUGCACGGGAUGGUCCAGGUGUCCGUAGGGACCGGCGGCGUGAGCACUUUGGUGAGGAGGCCCCCGAGGAAAGCCGGGUGCACUUGGGACAUGCCAUCAUGUCCUUCUAUGCAGCCUUGAUCGACCUGUUGGGACGCUGUGCUCCAGAGAUGCAUCUAAUCCAAGCCGGCAAGGGUGAGGCCCUUCGGAUCCGGGCUAUCCUCCGAUCCCUCGUGCCCUUGGAUGACCUCGUGGGCAUCAUCAGCCUCCCGCUGCAGAUCCCCACCCUGGGCAAAGAUGGGGCCCUGAUACAGCCAAAAAUGUCGGCCUCUUUCGUGCCGGACCACAAGGCAUCCAUGGUGCUCUUCCUGGACCGUGUCUAUGGCAUUGAAAACCAGGACUUCCUGUUACACGUGCUGGACGUGGGCUUCCUGCCUGACAUGAGGGCAGCAGCCUCGCUAGACACGGCUACUUUCAGCACUACGGAGAUGGCGCUGGCGCUAAACCGCUACCUGUGCCUGGCGGUGCUGCCGCUCAUCACGAAGUGUGCGCCACUCUUCGCGGGAACCGAGCAUCGCGCCAUCAUGGUGGACUCCAUGCUCCACACCGUUUAUCGCCUGUCCCGCGGCCGGUCGCUCACUAAGGCGCAGCGCGACGUCAUCGAGGACUGCCUCAUGGCGCUGUGCAGGUACAUCCGCCCAUCCAUGCUGCAGCACCUGUUGCGGCGUCUGGUGUUCGACGUGCCCAUCCUGAACGAGUUCGCCAAGAUGCCCCUGAAGCUCCUCACCAACCACUAUGAGCGCUGCUGGAAGUACUACUGCCUCCCCACAGGCUGGGCCAACUUUGGGGUCACCUCAGAAGAAGAGCUACACCUCACGCGCAAGCUCUUUUGGGGCAUCUUUGACUCUCUGGCACAUAAGAAAUACGACCAGGAGCUGUACCGCAUGGCCAUGCCCUGCCUGUGCGCCAUCGCGGGGGCCCUGCCUCCCGACUACGUGGAUGCUUCGUACUCUUCCAAGGCAGAGAAGAAGGCCACAGUGGAUGCUGAAGGCAACUUUGACCCCCGACCUGUGGAGACCCUCAAUGUGAUCAUCCCAGAGAAGCUUGACUCCUUCAUUAACAAGUUUGCAGAGUAUACGCACGAGAAGUGGGCCUUUGACAAGAUCCAGAACAACUGGUCCUAUGGAGAGAACAUAGAUGAGGAACUGAAGACUCACCCCAUGCUGAGACCCUACAAGACCUUUUCAGAGAAGGACAAGGAGAUUUACCGCUGGCCCAUCAAGGAGUCCUUGAAGGCCAUGAUUGCUUGGGAAUGGACUGUAGAGAAGGCCAGGGAGGGUGAAGAGGAGAAGACCGAGAAGAAGAAGACACGGAAGAUAUCCCAGACUGCCCAGACCUACGAUCCUCGAGAAGGCUAUAACCCCCAGCCGCCUGACCUCAGCGGAGUUACCCUGUCCCGGGAGCUUCAGGCCAUGGCAGAACAACUGGCAGAAAACUACCACAACACAUGGGGGCGGAAGAAGAAGCAAGAGCUGGAGGCCAAGGGCGGUGGGUCUCAUCCCCUGCUGGUCCCGUACGACACGCUCACGGCCAAGGAAAAGGCACGAGAUAGGGAGAAGGCCCAAGAGCUGCUCAAGUUCCUCCAGAUGAACGGCUAUGCGGUCACCAGAGGGCUUAAAGACAUGGAACUGGACACGUCUUCCAUCGAGAAGCGGUUUGCCUUUGGCUUCCUGCAGCAGCUGCUGCGCUGGAUGGACAUUUCCCAGGAGUUCAUUGCCCAUCUCGAGGCUGUGGUCAGCAGUGGACGUGUGGAAAAAUCCCCACAUGAACAGGAGAUUAAGUUCUUUGCCAAGAUCCUGCUCCCUUUGAUCAACCAGUACUUCACCAACCACUGCCUCUAUUUCUUGUCCACACCCGCCAAAGUGCUGGGCAGUGGUGGCCACGCCUCCAACAAGGAGAAGGAAAUGAUCACCAGUCUCUUCUGCAAACUCGCUGCUCUUGUCCGCCACCGAGUCUCUCUCUUUGGGACUGAUGCCCCUGCUGUGGUCAACUGUCUCCACAUCUUGGCACGCUCCUUGGAUGCUAGGACGGUGAUGAAGUCAGGCCCCGAGAUCGUGAAGGCCGGCCUCCGCUCCUUCUUCGAGAGCGCCUCGGAGGACAUCGAGAAGAUGGUGGAGAACCUGCGGCUAGGCAAGGUGUCCCAGGCGCGCACGCAGGUGAAAGGCGUGGGCCAGAACCUCACCUACACCACAGUGGCCCUGCUGCCCGUCCUUACCACCCUCUUCCAGCACAUCGCCCAGCACCAGUUCGGAGAUGAUGUCAUCCUGGAUGACGUCCAGGUUUCCUGCUACAGAACACUGUGCAGUAUCUACUCUCUGGGAACCACGAGGAACCCCUACGUGGAAAAGCUGCGGCCAGCCCUUGGCGAGUGUCUGGCCCGCCUAGCAGCGGCCAUGCCGGUGGCCUUCCUGGAGCCCCAGCUGAAUGAGUACAACGCCUGCUCCGUCUACACCACCAAGUCACCCCGGGAGCGGGCCAUCCUGGGGCUCCCCAACAGUGUGGAGGAGAUGUGUCCUGACAUCCCAGUCCUGGAUCGGCUCAUGGCGGAUAUUGGGGGCCUGGCUGAGUCUGGAGCCCGCUACACAGAGAUGCCACACGUCAUUGAGAUCACGCUGCCCAUGCUGUGCAGCUACCUGCCCCGCUGGUGGGAGCGUGGGCCCGAGACACCCCCACCUGCCCUGCCUGCUGGUGCUCCCCCACCCUGCACAGCUGUCACCUCCGACCACCUCAACUCCUUGCUGGGGAAUAUCCUGCGAAUCAUCGUCAACAACCUGGGCAUUGAUGAGGCCUCGUGGAUGAAACGGCUGGCUGUAUUUGCCCAGCCCAUAGUGAGUCGCGCGCGGCCUGAGCUCCUGCGCUCCCACUUCAUCCCCACCAUCGGGCGGCUGCGCAAGCGCGCUGGGAAGGUGGUGGCCGAGGAGGAGCAGCUGCGUCUAGAGGCCAAGGCGGAAGCCGAGGAAGGGGAGCUCCUGGUGCGGGACGAAUUCUCCGUGCUCUGCCGGGACCUGUAUGCCCUCUACCCACUGCUCAUCCGAUACGUGGACAACAACAGGGCGCACUGGCUGACAGAACCAAACCCCAACGCUGAGGAGCUGUUCAGAAUGGUGGGCGAGAUCUUCAUCUACUGGUCCAAGUCGCAUAACUUCAAGCGCGAGGAGCAGAACUUUGUGGUCCAGAAUGAGAUCAACAACAUGUCCUUUCUGACUGCUGACAACAAGAGCAAAAUGGCCAAGGCGGGAGACGUACAGUCCGGUGGCUCGGACCAGGAACGCACCAAGAAGAAGCGCCGGGGGGACCGAUAUUCCGUGCAGACAUCCCUGAUUGUGGCCACGCUUAAGAAGAUGCUGCCCAUCGGCCUGAACAUGUGUGCGCCCACUGACCAGGAGCUCAUCACGCUGGCCAAGGCCCGCUAUGCUCUGAAAGACACAGAUGAGGAGGUCCGGGAAUUCCUGCAAAACAACCUUAAUCUACAGGGAAAAGUCGAGGGCUCCCCGUCUCUGCGCUGGCAGAUGGCUUUAUAUCGGGGCGUCCCCGGCCGCGAGGAGGACGCCGACGACCCGGAGAAAAUCGUGCGCAGAGUCCAGGAAGUGUCGGCUGUGCUCUACCACCUGGACCAGACUGAGCACCCUUACAAGUCCAAGAAGGCCGUGUGGCACAAGCUCUUGUCCAAGCAGCGUCGGCGGGCGGUGGUGGCCUGUUUCCGCAUGACACCUCUGUACAACCUGCCCACGCACCGGGCAUGUAACAUGUUCCUGGAGAGCUACAAGGCUGGCUGGCUCCUGAGUGAGGACCACAGUUUUGAGGACCGAAUGAUAGAUGACCUUUCAAAAGCUGGGGAGCAAGAUGAGGAGGAGGAGGAAGAGGAGGAGAAAAAGCCGGAUCCCCUUCACCAGCUGGUCCUGCACUUUAGCCGCACUGCCCUGACUGAAAAGAGCAAACUAGAUGAGGAUUACCUGUACAUCGCAUAUGCUGACAUCAUGGCAAAGAGCUGCCACCUGGAGGAGGGAGGGGAGAAUGGUGAAGCUCAAGAAGAGGAAGUUGAGGUGUCCUUCGAGGAGAAGGAGAUGGAGAAGCAGAGGUUGCUGUACCAGCAGUCACGGCUGCACAACCGGGGUGCUGCUGAGAUGGUGCUCCAGAUGAUCAGCGCCUGCAAAGGAGAGACUGGCACCAUGGUGUCCUCCACACUGAAGUUAGGCAUCUCCAUCCUCAACGGAGGCAAUGCUGACGUGCAGCAGAAAAUGCUGGAUUAUCUGAAGGACAAGAAGGAAGUGGGUUUCUUCCAGAGCAUCCAGGCGCUGAUGCAAACAUGCAGUGUCUUGGAUCUCAAUGCCUUCGAGAGACAGAACAAGGCAGAGGGGCUGGGGAUGGUGAACGAGGACGGCACCGUCAUCAAUCGCCAGAACGGAGAGAAGGUCAUGGCAGAUGAUGAAUUCACACAAGACCUGUUCCGAUUCCUGCAACUGCUCUGCGAGGGACACAAUAAUGAUUUCCAGAACUAUCUGAGGACACAGACAGGGAACACGACCACUAUUAACAUCAUAAUCUGCACAGUGGACUACCUCCUACGGCUACAGGAGUCCAUCAGCGACUUUUACUGGUACUACUCUGGCAAGGAUGUCAUUGAAGAGCAGGGCAAGAGGAACUUCUCCAAGGCCAUGUCCGUGGCUAAACAAGUAUUCAACAGCCUCACGGAGUACAUACAGGGCCCCUGCACUGGGAACCAGCAGAGCCUGGCACACAGCCGCCUCUGGGACGCCGUCGUGGGCUUCCUGCAUGUGUUUGCCCACAUGAUGAUGAAGCUUGCUCAGGACUCCAGCCAGAUCGAGCUGUUGAAGGAGCUGCUGGAUCUGCAGAAGGACAUGGUGGUGAUGCUGCUGUCGUUACUAGAAGGGAAUGUGGUGAACGGCAUGAUUGCCCGGCAGAUGGUGGACAUGCUGGUGGAGUCCUCGUCCAACGUGGAGAUGAUCCUCAAGUUCUUCGAUAUGUUCCUGAAGCUCAAGGACAUCGUGGGCUCCGAGGCCUUCCAGGACUACGUCACUGAUCCUCGUGGGCUCAUCUCCAAGAAGGACUUCCAGAAGGCCAUGGACAGCCAGAAGCAGUUCACCGGGCCAGAGAUCCAGUUCCUGCUUUCAUGCUCCGAAGCGGACGAGAACGAGAUGAUCAACUGUGAGGAAUUUGCCAACCGUUUCCAGGAGCCAGCCCGUGAGAUUGGCUUCAACGUGGCGGUGUUGCUGACCAACCUGUCGGAGCAUGUGCCCCACGACCCGCGCCUGCGCAACUUCCUAGAGCUGGCCGAGAGCAUCCUUGAGUACUUCCGGCCCUACCUGGGGCGCAUUGAGAUCAUGGGCGCCUCGCGCCGCAUUGAGCGCAUCUACUUUGAGAUCUCAGAGACCAACCGUGCGCAGUGGGAGAUGCCCCAGGUGAAGGAGUCCAAGCGCCAGUUCAUCUUCGACGUGGUGAAUGAGGGCGGCGAGGCGGAGAAGAUGGAGCUCUUCGUGAGCUUCUGCGAGGACACCAUCUUCGAGAUGCAGAUCGCCGCGCAGAUCUCGGAGCCCGAGGGCGAGCCCGAGGAGGACGAGGACGAGGGCGCAGCCGAAGCGGGCGCCGAAGCGGCGGAAGAAGGCGCUGGGGGCGCGGAGGGCGCGGGGGGCGCGGCAGCGGGGGCCACAGCGCGGCUGACGGCGUCGUUGGCGCGAGCGCUGCGCGGCAUCAGUUACCGCAGCCUGCGGCGGCGCGUGCGGCGGCUGCGGAGGCUCACGGCGCGGGAGGCAGCCACCGCGGUCGCCGCGCUCAUCUGGGCGGUGCUGGCGCGCGCCGGGGCGGCGGGCGCGGGGGCGGCGGUGGGCGCGCUGCGCCUGCUCUGGGGCUCGCUCUUUGGCGGCGGCCUGGUGGACAGUGCCAAGAAGGUGACCGUGACCGAGCUGCUGGCUGGCAUGCCCGACCCCACCGGCGACGAGGUGCACGGCGAGCAACCAACCGGGCCCGGUGGCGACGCGGACGGCGAGGGCGCUGGCGAAGGCGAGGGCGAUGCCGCAGAGGGCGUGGGCGACGAGGAGGUCGCCUCGGAUGAAGCUGGGCAGGGCCGCGCAGAGGGGGCGGUGGCAGUGGCCAACGGGAGCCCCUUCCGGCCCGAAGGGGCUGGUGGCCUUGGGGACAUGGGUGACACAACGCCGGUGGAGCCACCCACGCCCGAGGGCUCCCCAAUACUCAAGAGGAAGCUGGGGGUGGAUGGUGAAGAGGAGGAGCUGCCUCCAGAGCCAGAGCCUGAGCCUGAGCCAGAGCCUGAGAAAGCCGAUGCUGAGAAUGGGGAGAAGGAAGAAGCCCCUGAGCCCCCACCAGAACCUCCCAAGAAGACAGCACCUCCUCCACCCCCUCCAAAGAAGGAGGAAGCUGGAGGUGCAGGCCUGGAAUUCUGGGGGGAGCUGGAGGUGCAGAGGGUGAAGUUCUUGAACUACCUGUCCCGGAACUUUUACACACUGCGCUUCUUGGCCCUCUUCUUGGCGUUUGCCAUCAACUUCAUCUUGCUGUUUUAUAAGGUCUCAGACUCUCCACCAGGGGAGGACGACAUGGAGGGCUCAGCAGCCGGGGACAUGUCAGGUGCAGGAUCUGGUGGUGGCUCAGGUUGGGGCUCAGGUGCUGGUGAGGAGGCAGAGGGUGACGAGGAUGAGAACAUGGUGUACUACUUCCUGGAGGAGAGCACGGGCUACAUGGAGCCUGCUCUGCGGUGCCUGAGCCUGCUGCACACACUGGUGGCCUUUCUCUGCAUCAUCGGCUACAACUGUCUCAAGGUGCCCCUGGUGAUCUUCAAGCGGGAAAAGGAGCUGGCCCGAAAGCUGGAGUUUGACGGCCUCUACAUCACGGAGCAGCCAGAGGAUGAUGAUGUGAAGGGGCAGUGGGACCGCCUGGUGCUCAACACGCCGUCCUUCCCCAGCAACUACUGGGACAAGUUUGUCAAGCGGAAGGUCCUGGAAAAACAUGGUGAUAUCUUCGGGCGGGAGCGGAUUGCCGAGCUGCUGGGUAUGGAUCUGGCCACACUGGAGAUCACAGCGCACAAUGAGCGCAAGCCUAACCCUCCGCCUGGCCUGCUGACCUGGCUCAUGUCCAUCGAUGUCAAGUACCAGAUCUGGAAGUUUGGGGUCAUCUUCACGGACAACUCUUUCCUGUACCUGGGCUGGUACAUGGUGAUGUCUCUCCUGGGACACUACAACAACUUCUUCUUCGCCGCCCACCUCCUGGACAUCGCCAUGGGAGUCAAGACGCUUCGCACCAUCCUUUCAUCCGUCACCCACAAUGGGAAGCAGCUGGUGAUGACCGUGGGCCUCCUGGCUGUGGUGGUCUACCUGUAUACUGUGGUGGCCUUCAACUUCUUCCGCAAGUUCUACAACAAGAGUGAGGAUGAGGACGAACCUGACAUGAAGUGUGACGACAUGAUGACGUGUUACCUGUUUCAUAUGUACGUGGGUGUCCGAGCUGGUGGAGGCAUUGGGGAUGAGAUUGAGGACCCAGCAGGCGAUGAGUAUGAGCUCUACCGAGUGGUCUUUGACAUCACCUUCUUCUUCUUUGUCAUUGUCAUCCUGCUGGCCAUCAUCCAGGGUCUGAUUAUCGACGCUUUCGGUGAGCUCCGAGACCAACAAGAGCAAGUGAAGGAGGAUAUGGAGACCAAGUGUUUCAUCUGCGGAAUAGGCAGCGACUAUUUUGAUACGACGCCGCACGGGUUUGAAACCCAUACGCUUGAGGAACACAACCUAGCCAAUUAUAUGUUCUUCCUAAUGUAUCUGAUAAACAAAGACGAGACAGAACACACGGGUCAGGAGUCGUAUGUCUGGAAGAUGUACCAAGAGAGAUGUUGGGAUUUCUUCCCAGCUGGUGACUGUUUCCGCAAGCAAUAUGAGGAUCAGCUAAGCUGAGACACCCCAACUGGCCCUCCAUCCCCACCUCAAGUGCCUUAUUCUCACUACAAGCCCCUGAGCCUCCUUGUCCCUCGUCCUUAAGGCGGCUGAGGGGGAGGUGACCUUGUACCAGAGAAAUAAAGUCUGUGCUGCAACCCCUGCCA